AGGCAACACAUGAAAGUCGUUUUCGGUUUGCUGUGCUUAAACCGAGUGCUACAGCUUGAGACUCUGAUCCAGGAGGCUUGUUUUCAUAGUCCCGUGACUUUCACAAAAACUGGACUACAGACUAACGGCGUCAUCUCCUUCGAGUUAACUUCAUCCUAAACCUCAGUGAAAGAUGAGGAUGAAAGAUACGCUGUCUUCGUUGGGGGUCCUCGUGAUGCUGCAGAUCUCCCAGACAAUGGGUGCUAUAGUACUAACGGUAUCUCCCUACCCCGCCCGGGUCUACCAGAACGCUCCCCCUGGCACCCCCGUCCUUAACGUCACCGCCUACGACGACGUCACAGGGGCAGCGAUGGAGAGGAUGUACCUUUCUCCCGGUGUCAAUUCAAGUUGCUUCAAAGUGGACGUCUCGACUGGGAUACUAUCCGUUAACAAGACUGUCCAAUGGACAGUGGGAACAGUUUUGACCUUCUUUGUCUACGCAGGUCAAAGAAGCGAGCUGAACUUCAAACACGUGAUGAUAAUCGUGUCGGUCAAGAACCGAUAUGCUCCAACGUUCACGGCGAGUAAGAAUGACUUCAGAAUCUACAGGUAUGCUGCCGGUAAACGGGUUGGGUCUGUGAUGGCCAACGAUCGAGAUCCAGAACAGUAUAACCACAUCUUCAAGUAUUCUAUCCCUGAUGAGCGGGCGGACACGUAUUUGAAGAUUUCAAGCAAUGGGGACAUAACUCUGAAGUCGCCACCCCCUGCCAGUAUACGAGAGUUAUCCUUCCCUGUUAUUGCUGCCGACGAAGGGUCGCCCCGUCUGACCGGGACAUCAAUGAUUCAGGUGUCUCUCAUUGACGUCGAACAUCCUUCGGUGUUCUGCUUCGCGACGGAAGUAUCCGACAUCACAUUGUGCUGGAAGAACCCCAUGGUAGGACGACCGGAAGUGACGGGCUUUGAGGUGGAAGUGACGGGUUCGACGAAUCAGAUGUACCAGGUCCCGGCAAAGGUCACUGAUGCGGAAAUAUGUGACGUGAUCACAGAUACGCAGAUCGGAAAACUCUACUACUUCCGGGUGUCUAUUAAAACUACUUCCGGUUCCGGCGGCACCAAUUAUAUGAAGGUCAUGAUCAACAACACUGGAAUAGGGUUUACUCAUCAGUGUCUCCAUAACGACUUCGAUGCCUGCAAGUAUCUGAAGCCAUGCCGAAAUAGCGCGGUCUGUAGACGUCACGAAGACGGCGCUUUGAACUACCAAUGUGAUUGUACGAAAGGCUGGCGGGGCAAGAACUGCACCUAAGACAUGUGCGCUCAAGACCCUUGUCAAAACACAGGAACCUGCAACUUUCUCAGUCACCAACGGUAUUCUUGUUCUUGCGUCGACGACUUCUACGGCCCCCGUUGUCAAUAUUUCAACGCAUGCAGUAUCCUUCCUUGUCAAAACAACGGCGUUUGCUCCAUGGAUACAACCGGAAGAUACACCUGCGCAUGCCCCGACCACUUCACGGGUAAAAACUGUGAACUUAAAGACCCCUGCAAUCCAUCACCCUGUACAAACGGGGGAACAUGUUCUAGGGUCACUGACGACGAGUUUCACUGCGCAUGCACCUCUGGUUACUACGGCCACACAUGCAGCGAGUUAAAUCUUUGUAUUUCGCAACAACCUUGCAAAAAUAACGGGACUUGUGAACACGUCGGGGACAGCAACUUCCGGUGUCACUGCACGGAGCGAUUCAUGGGAAAGCAAUGUUUGGAGUUCGACCCCUGCUCCCAGUCGCCUUGCCAGAACACAGGUACAUGUGUACUGACAGAAACCGGUGCCUACAACUGCGAAUGUAUUCCUGGUUUCUACGGUGGUGAGUGCCAACACUUCGACACCUGCCAUCUCAUGGACUGCGGUUCCGGAACCUGCACAGAAAAUGCAGACGGUGCGAAAUGCAUGUGUGACCCUGGUCACUAUGGUGACCAUUGUGAGUUUUAUAACCCAUGUGACGGAGAAAAUCCCUGCGGAUUAAGAGGUACUUGCAGGAACGUAUCAAACAGCACGUACGAGUGUGAUUGUAUAGAUGAGUGGUACGGCCUUCAAUGCCAAUACCUCAACAGCUGCAGACUUGUGAAUUGUGAAAACGGAGGAUAUUGUGAAAAUUUUGCUUUUCUAAAGAAAGGAAACUUCACCUGUAAAUGCCUCAACGGUUUCUAUGGAGACACGUGUUCAUUUUACAACCCAUGCGUGUCUUCCCCUUGUCGUCAUGGUGAUUGCACGAAUACAACGUCUAAUGAAUACAUCUGCAACUGCGACGACGGAUACUACGGUAAUGACUGCGAAAUUGAAAAUCCCUGUAAGGAAGAGACGUGUAAAAAUGGAGGAACUUGUCUCAAUACAACAGACACGGAGUUCAUGUGUUUGUGUACUUCCGGUUUCGUGGGGACCAACUGUGAACUGCCAGACCCGUGUGAAACCCCGUGUGCCAAUUCUGGAACGUGUACGGUAGACCCUGGUUCCUUUGGGAAGGUGUGUCACUGUCCGGAGAAGUACACCGGUGCCAACUGCGACGCCGCCAUUCCUGAGUGUAGCAUGACCGGAUGUCAACAUGAUGGUACAUGUGUUGCCAGUGCAGGCGUGUGUGCAUGUACAACGGAAUACACAGGUUCCCUUUGUGAGAUGCGCGUGACGCCCUGCACAAGCAAUCCGUGCUCUGAUGACAGACGGUGCGUGGAGGUGGGUGACAGUUACACUUGCGUCUGCAAGAACGGCGCCGACAACGACGACUGCAUAGAAGAUUGUCCGGAGCAGCUGACUUACGACCGGACUGGACGCUACACCUGGCCGCAGACCAAACGGGGUCAGAAGAUACUCGUCUUGUGUGACCAUCAGGACGACAUUAACAAGCCCAACAUGGCCACCAGAGAGUGCCUCGCUCUGGCCAGCAACAGAGCCAGAUGGUCAGACGUGGACUCGUCCAAGUGCCCAGAGUAUGGACUGAUGCAGGCUGGGCAGACCCUGAACGAGUUAAAGUCGCUGACUUCGGACCCCUCACAAAUUAACGCCGACCAACUAGCUAAUUUCACAAAUAUGCUGGAAAGGGUGUUCAGCUAUUCACUGUUCAACACAGAGAUUGCCGACAGCUUGACGUCAGUGGUGAGCAACCUCGCCGAUGUGAACGUCAGCGUCAGCCUUGAGUGCGACAACAACAACAAGACAAGUCGAAGGUUGGUGCAGCUGUUGGAGACUUACAGCGCCGAGACCAACAACACAGAACCUAUAAUGUCCGCCAACGUCAACAUCAGAGCUAUGGACAUCGUGGCUGGCGACAACAAGACGAUGCCCCCCUUCAGUCCUCUACUCCUUGACGGCAACCACACUGUGGAGAGUGGUCUUUCCAUCACCCUGCCUCCCGAGGCGAUGAAAACCGCCAACAGCAGGGAACGCCGGCCUCUGCGAGUCCAGUUUAUAGGCUACCGGAAGUCCAUGUUUUUCAUCCCCACUGACCGAUACCCUGAAGGAAUAGAUGGCCAGCGUGUUGUCACAGCUAUCGUGAAGGGUGCAGUGGUCAAGAACCUGUCCACCCCUAUCAUCUAUAAAAUGCGCAAUAUCGAGGCUGGUAGAAAUCACUCCUGCGUUUACUGGGACCCGGAAAAUAGGACGUGGUCGUACGACGGCGUGACGACGUUAAUGCACGACGACAACACCACCGAGUGCCACACCAACCACCUCACCAGCUUUGCUAUUCUAAUGGAUCCGAACCCCGCCCACCCGUCGCCCAUUAUUCACGAGCAGAUCCUCACCUACAUCUCCUACGUGGGCUGCGCCAUCUCCCUCAUCGGCCUCAUCCUCACCAUCAUCACAUACGGGCUCUUCAGGUGUAUGAACAAAGACAAGUCUGGUAAGAUCCUGCUGAAUCUGUGUGUAUCAAUGCUGCUGAUGAACGUCGCCUUCCUCAUGGGCGCCCAGAGCUCCUCCACCUACGGCGAGCAGCUGUGCAUGGCUGUCGCGAUGUUGCUGCACUACUUCCUCCUCACGACGUUGAUGUGGAUGUUGGUUGAGGCGGUGGAGAUGUACCAAGCCCUCGUCACCGUGUUUGCCAAAUAUGCCAGGUUCUACAUGAUCAAGCGAUGUAUUGUUGCAUGGGGCGUCCCCAUGGUGAUCGUUGUGAUCACAAUGGCGGUGGACCUCAACAACUACCGACCUCCAUACGACUUCUGCUUCAUCUCUCAGGCCAGCAAGGUCGCCUACUACGUCUCCCUCGUCGGCCCCGGCUGCCUCAUCGUCCUCAUCAACACCAUCGUCUUCAUCAUGGUGGCCAGGGUCAUCCUCAAGCCUCGUUUUCAACAACAGCAGCGCGAGGAAAAGGAACACGUGACCCCCGCCCAGGUGCGUGGAGCCUUCACGGUCAUGAUUCUCCUUGGUGUCACGUGGGUGUUUGGACCAAUCGCAGUCAACGAAGCCAGGGUCGUCUUCAACUACCUGUUCUGCAUCCUGAACUCUCUCCAAGGUUUCUUCAUCUUCGUAUUCCGAUGUCUCUACAACCCAGAGGCGCGUCUCGCCUGGAUCCAACUGAUUAAGACGGGUACCCUGAAAACCAGGAGAGGUCCAAUCAAGUCUGUCUACUCCGAGACCUCCUCGAAAGGAGAUCACUCAAAAUCCAGAACAAACGUCCAUUUCGGGGGCACUCUCAAAUCCAACAUUAUGCAAUCCAAUGGCUGGCACCAUCCUAAACUGAAUGGAAUGCACUCCGAAAAUGGUUCAGUCCGAAAUGAAAACCAGUACUUCGCAGAGAAUCAAAAUUCUGAGGACCAAGUUUUUCACACAAAAGACUACGUAUAUUUAGACAAUAACACCCCUCCAACUAGAACCAGUGAUAUGGGCGAAGACGGCUUUACUCACUUGUAGAACCAAUUUAAGGGUCUUAUAUGAACCUUAUUAACUCUCAGCAUCGUUCCGAAGGAAAGGAGGACUAAUCGCUCUUUGAACCGAUUCCUUGACGUUGCGAGGAGUCAAGUAUUGUGUAUAUAAAGCCACGGCAAUGAAUGGUGCAAUGUAUCUGAGAUGUGAACUUUGGACUUUAAGUCACAUACAAGGGGAGGUAACUCUCUCAGAUACCAUUCAAUGGGAAGCACACGUUCCACGUCACUGUUAUGGUGUGAUGUGCUUGUCUGUAUAUAUCUCGACGAUGUAAAUUUAUUUCAUUUUGUCACUUUGUUAAGUGUGUGUAAAUUGAAUCAUUUUAGACAAUCACGCCAUGGAAUACUUAAAAUGAAUGGUUCAUUGAAUUAACUUCCCAAUGAAUUCGUGUAAAUUGAGUUAUUUAGACGAUCACGUCAUGGAAUACUUAAAAUGGGCAUUGAAUUCACUUCCCAAUGAAUUCGUGUAAAUUGAAUCAUUUAGACAAUCACGUCAUGGAAGACUUAAAAUGGGCAUUGAAUUGCCUUCCCAAUGAAUUUCUACCCUUCAUCAACGACCUAAAGAACAUUUGAAUAAUUACACCAAUCUAGUUAUAAUUAUACAUUAUGUAAAUUAUGUACAUACAAAAAUAUGUCGGCGAUCCUAAAUAUGCUUGUCGAAUGUCUAUUCACACUAAAAAAAUAUAGGUUUUCAGGGACUGACUAUCUUUAAUGUAUUUCCUCAUCCCAAAUAUUGUAAUUUCGUUAAAAUAUGGAAAAAAACAUUUUCGCUUACUUCUUUUUCUGUGUUAAACUUAACGAAAUUAAGAAAUCGGACGAUUAUGUGAUCGUUAAAAUUGACAUAUCCAUAAAUAUCCUUGGAAACGUAAGUCAUAUCCUUUUCUAAGUCACGUUAUCAUUGAAACCUCUCUAGUCUGGCCCCCUUUUAGUACGGAUCACUGAUAGUUAGGGAGUGCAAUGUCGAUAUAUGACCAAAGGGCUUAUGAUCCAUCACUCCGGACAUUGUUUUCAUCAGAUAUAGUGCAAUGUGGAGUAACUAUUUGUAGCUGUAUACAUACUGCUGAAUACGCCAUUUACAAACGAAAACAUGAUAUUAACUUCAGCUUGCCACUUUUUUCAUAUUAAUAUCAUCAUAAGUUGUUGAACCACACUGCCAAAUAUAUACUGUUGACCUACGACUGUCUAACAUUUCUGGGACCUGGUGCCGUUGAACAAACAUCCUGACGUCAUCCGUAUCUUGUAUGUGUUUCUCAUCCCCAGCCUCAUCCCGCUAGAGGGCGGACGGGUAAAAAAUAUAUUUAAAUUGUGUUUUUACUAAUUGUGUGACAUUUUGUUUUAAAUUAUACUAUUUACAUAGUUACGAUCUUUCUUGUUGAUGCAAAUAGAAUCGUUUUGUUGAAUAUAGACAGGAAAAGAUCAAGCUAACCUGAUUUGUUAUGAGCGUUUAAUGGAAGAAUAUUUAUUUAACAUGGGGUGUAAAGUUUCAUAUCGGCAAGAGAGAAAAAUGAAAAUGAAACAUUUUAUUGUUUCACGACGGAAUGAAAAUUCAAGGCGGGCGGUACAUGGGAAACAUAAAAAAUACGUAUAUCUUAAGCCCUACGACUGUACUUAUUGAUGUUAAGGUAUGGACGUUACGAUCACGUUAGCGCGAAGACUGCUUUGUACAACAGCACCCGCAUCCACAGGGUUCGUAUCGCUACGACAUUCGUAACCUAUGAUAAACUAUAGUGUUACGAUAGGUCGUAAAGUUGCGAACGCCGAAUGUUUCGGGACCAGUCCUAAAUUCCUAUUAUACUUUCUGGAUAUAUUUCGUAAAAUUCAUUAAAACGACUGUCAUUGUUUCGACUUUACUGUUAAACACUACAAUACUGUUAUACACACUCUUGUCAUUCCCUGCUCUUUGUUUCUGGGAAUUUGAGUGAUGCUGAAGUCUAAACGAAAUUAAAUUCUAUUUCUGUUGGUUUACACAAACUUGAGAUUUGGGACUCUCCGAGCGUCCAUCUAGCUGGACAUCGUUCCAUUCCUUCAUCCCCAUCAACAUCUAGUAUUACUGCUGGAGAAAUUCAUGCCAAACAUUGAUGAAAUCCUUGUCGAGUCAUACCAUAAGAUUUGUACAGAGAUGCCAUUUUAUAAAAAUGCAUAAUUUAUUUAUCCUUUGUUGGAAUAAAUGUUUACCUCUCAA